AUGAAACGUAGUUUUGAACAUUUUUCUUCAGACUCUCUGACUAGUACUUCAAGUGGUCAUUCCCAAGCCUCUGCCGUUGUUCCUUCAUCAGCAACAACUUCAGUUGUUAGUAAUGGUACCAAUAGUAGUAGUACAAGUUCUUUUGAGAGUAUUGUUGUUGGAGAACAUUCUCCCACAUCCAUUUCCUCUAAAAAUCCAUCCAAUGGUCUCUUUUUGAUUCCUCCAACAAUAUCCACGUCGUCGAGUCUCUCAAGCCAAAGCUCAAGUACUGCUUCCGCCUCCUCUUCUCCACUCAGCCCACCCAAACUAACCCAACAAUUGUUUAGUAAUGCUAUUUGUCAAUUACAAUCUGUCAUUGCCAAUAGUACCACUCCAAGUCUGUUCUAUCAAAAUGCAAUUAGACAAAUCCUUGCCUCAACCUUCCCUCAAGUGUACUCUAGUAAUAAUAAUAUUAGUCGUUUGCCUCCAACUACUGUUCCUUAUCACCACCAAGUGACUGUAUCCGUAAUACCCUCUACAAAUACCACUACGACCAACAAUGGUAGUAGUAAUACUAAUAACCUUGUAAGAAAAGACACAAACAACUCAUCCAAUUUUGGAGUUUCUCCAACACCUUCUAGACUUUCCCUCUCAUCCCAAAACAGAAAAUCCUUUCAACAAUCAUCAUCCCAUUCCCAUAAUACAGAAGUUCAACCAGCCAAGAGGGUAAAACUGACAACUCUAACACAUCAUAUUAGACCUUUACCUUACUGUAUAAAACUUCUUAUAUUGAGUUAUAUUGAAUUACCAAUCUUACAAUAUGUAGAGUUUAGAGAACUGCCUCACCCAUUCAACAUUUCCCAAAUGGAUCAUACUAUCAAAUUAAGAAGGCAAAUGACCAAACUAAUCUAUGGCUAUUUUAGUACAGAUGUAACAAGGAGCAUCCACUUACUGUUUUCAUGCAUCGACUAUACAACACAUUGCCAAGAUUCAACUCACAACCACCACAAUUUGAAUGAUGCACUUUCUGAAGGUAGUACUAACAGUGGUAAUUCCAACAGUAUACGGUCUCCACCUCAAUCAAGCUUUUCACAUUGUCCUCUAGAGACGAUCAAACUUUCAGACAAACUUGAUAUGAUAAUGUUUAGAAGUAAAAAGUUUGUAUCGUUGAGGUUUUCAGAUUGUAACCUCAGAGGUGAAGAGAUGAAAUGUUUGUCCAAGCAAGGUGAUUGCACAAGAAUAACCCAUCUCAAGACUAUUGAUCUGAGUAAGAACCACAACUUUUCCACAAACUCCUUUAAACAUUUCCUCUCUUUCCCAGAUAAUAACGAUAUUCCAGCCACUUAUCCUAAUCUAACUUAUUUAAAUUUACUAGAAACAUCUACAGACGCUUCCUGUAUUUCAUUGGCUUGUAAAGCUUUCCCAAAGCUUCAAAUUCUUAAACACUCUUUCUCAAGUGAACAUGUUGUAGAAUACAAUAGUUGUGUGAAAGCACUGGCUUCUCUCACCCACCUACAACAACUCCACUUGGAAUGUACCUCUGGCUAUUAUGAAAUGAAUAUGAAAGAGUUGUUACAAAGCAAGUCUUUAAAGAAGAUUGCCCUCUUUGGUUUCCAAUUCUCUGAUAACAAUGUUAAUAUUAAUGCCUUCAGAUACAAUGAGUCACUAAAGAAGCUUUCCUUGACCAAUUGUUUCAUUGCCACCAAUAGAGAAAAAGUUGCAGAGUCUAUCUCAAGCAGUACCUCCAUUAGAGAAUUGAUCUUCUCUGAGAUUAAUCUUGAGAACUCUGAUAUUCAACUCUUCUCUGAGAGAAUGGACAAACUCCAAACACUUAUCAUUGGUGGUUCUGAUGCUUUCCACAUGAAUACAACUGGAUUCACAAACUUCCAUAUGUUGAAAGGGUUGCAAAAGUUCGUCAUUGAUGGCUUUAGUGACUAUUGUACACUUAACUUUGAGACUUGUAAGGCAUUCUGCCUUUCCAAUCUCACUUUCCUUGAAUUAGAUGGAUUCCAAGAGGCUGAUGACUCAUACCUUGCUCUCAUGCUUAGACAAGGUGUCAACUUGAAGGCUUUAAAGGUCAAGCAAACAAAGAUUAAUUGUAGAGACAAUGCUCUGGCUGACGCUCUCAGAAACCACAAAUGUUUAAGACAUUUGAAGCUUGAUGAAAAUGAAGCUAUUGGUGAUGCUGGUGUCUUAUUUUUGAAUAAUAAUCUUCCAUCUUCACUGGUCAAACUUGGUUUAACAAUGUGUAAUAUUAGUGAUAUUGGAGCUAAAGCUCUCCUUGCUAACAAGCAAAUUAGAAAAUUGAAAGUCAAAAUGAAUAAUAUCACUGAUGAAUCUCUCAAGUUGUUAAAGUUUAACACAAGUUUGAUUUACAUUAGUAUUGAUGCCCUAAGAAGUGAAGAAAUGGUUAGAAUUAUUGGAGAAGACAACAAGACACUGAAGCAACUCAGUGUUAUCAGCAUUCCAGUAACUGAGACAACAAUUGAAAGCCUUACAAAGAACACCUCUUUACACUAUUUAAAGAUUAAGAACUGUGACCACUUGAACAGAGAUUUGAAACAAAGAUUGAUUGAUCGUGCCUCUUUUGGAGUAAUCUUUAGAGGUAUAUUCUCAGAAGAAGCAUUCCUAUAGAUUAUCCCCCACAAUAAACAUAAAAAAACAACACGCGAUGGUACAAAACACCAUUGAG